GGAAGCGGCGGCGGCGCCAGGAACAGGGAGGCGGCGGCACGGCGAGGGAGGGAGCCGGAGCCGAGCCGGGCCGGGCCCCUCAAGAGCAACAGCAGCGCCAGCUCCUCCUUGUCGUCCUCGGUGAGUCCCGCUCCGCCGCCCCAGGAGGCUGCUCGCUACCGAGCCCGGAUGCCGGCGCAGGCCGGGCCGCGCCGCCGAGGAGCCCGGGAAGAGGCCCGCCCCGGGAGCGGGACACCGCCGUCUCCGCUGGGAAAUGGCUCUUGAAGUUAAAUGAGACUGGAUAAAACACAUAAAUGAAGCAGAAGCUGCUCUGCAUGUGUUAGGGCUGUAUCACCACAAGCACUGCUGAUCAGCCAGACUUGGUAACUUGUCAUAAUGAAGAAAAUUAGUCUCAAAACAAUUCGCAAGUCCUUUAACUUAAAUAAAAGUAAAGAUGAAAGUGACUUUGUAGUGGUUCAGCAGCCAUCGUUAAGUGAAUUUGGAAAAGAUGACUCCUUGUUUGGCAGCUGCUAUGGUAAAGAUUUGGCUAGCUGUGAAGUCAAUAGUGAAGAUGAAAAAGGCGGCAAAAAUAGAUCAAAAAGUGAAAGCUUAAUGGGUACGUUAAAAAGGAGGCUUUCAGCAAAACAAAAACAGAAAGGCAAAGGCAGCACACCAUCUGUAAGCUCUGCAGAUGAUGACACCUUUUCUUCCUCAUCUGCUCCAAUAACCUUCAAAGAUGUGCGAGCUCAAAGACCUCUGAGAUCCACCUCCCUCCGUAAUCACCAUUACAGUCCAACUCCAUGGCCUCUUCGACCUACAAAUUCAGAAGAGACUUGCAUCAAAAUGGAAGUGAAAGUGAAGGCCUUGGUCCAUUCCUCUAAUCCAAGCCCAGCACUGAAUGGUGUUCGAAAGGACUUCCAUGACUUGCAGUCAGACAGCGUGUUCCAGGAACAAAACAAUGCAUUAAAAAAUACGGAAUCUCAGAAUGGGGACUUGCAUCUUCAUAUUGAUGAACAUGUGCCUGUAGUUAUUGGAUUAAUGCCUCAGGACUACAUUCAGUAUACUGUGCCUUUAGAUGAGGGAAUGUAUCCUUUGGAAGGAUCACGUAGUUACUGUCUGGAUAGUUCCUCACCCAUGGAAGUUUCAACUGUUUCUUCUCAAGUGGGGGGGAAUGCUUUCCAUGAAGAAGAGAGCCAAGUGGAUCAGGAUGUAGUCGUUGCACCGGAUAUCUUUGUGGACCAGACAGUGAAUGGCUUGUUGAUUGGUACCACAGGGGUCAUGUUGCAAAGCUCAAGAGUUAAUCACAGCGAUGUCCCUCCACUCUCGCCUUUGCUACCUCCAAUGCAGAAUAAUCAAAUCCAAAGGAACUUCAAUGGAUUAAAUGGCACAGAUGCCCAUGUGGCUGAAAGUAUGCGCUGCCAUUUGAAUUUUGAUCCUAACACUGCCCCUGGAGUUGGAAGAGUUUAUGAUUCUGUUCAGAACAGUGGUCCUAUGGUUGUGACAAGUCUCACAGAAGAACUGAAAAAACUUGCAAAACAAGGAUGGUACUGGGGCCCCAUUACACGUUGGGAGGCAGAGGGAAAAUUAGCUAAUGUGCCUGAUGGCUCGUUUCUCGUUCGAGAUAGUUCUGAUGAUCGUUAUCUUUUAAGUUUGAGUUUUCGUUCCCAUGGAAAAACUCUUCACACUAGAAUUGAACACUCAAAUGGUAGGUUUAGCUUUUAUGAACAACCAGAUGUGGAGGGACAUACGUCUAUAGUUGACUUAAUUGAACAUUCAAUCAGGGACUCUGAAAAUGGAGCUUUCUGCUAUUCGAGAUCCCGACUGCCUGGAUCUGCAACUUACCCAGUGAGACUGACAAAUCCAGUAUCUCGGUUUAUGCAGGUGCGUUCUUUACAAUAUCUGUGUCGUUUUGUUAUACGUCAGUACACCAGAAUAGACCUGAUUCAGAAACUGCCUUUGCCAAACAAAAUGAAGGAUUAUUUACAGGAAAAGCACUACUGAAAGCUUACGGGAAUCUUGCAUCUUGCACUUUGGGAACAACAACAACAAAAAGAGAUUGAAUUACAGUUUACAGACUUUCAUUAUUAUCAAAAUCUUUUGCUGCCAUAAAAAUAUUUCAUUUUUGUGUGUAAAAGGAAAGUAAUGCAUUUUGGAUUUAUGUUUGUUUUGGGAUUUUUUGUGUAUUUUGGGGGGCUUCUUUUUUUUUGGGGGGGUGGGGGGAAGAAUGAUCUCCAGUUUAUUUUCAGAAGUGUGAAAUAGCUAUCUUUCAUCAAUGUGCAGAUUAAUCACAAUGUGAAUGAUCAAAUUCUCCUUAAUUUCCCCCAAGUCCUUUGCUGCUAUCCACUGUGAUUUUUAUGCAUUGAAAGCACAUUUCAUGUGUAUUCAACCAUAAGUAAAAGUAAAAUGAAACUUGUUGAA